UGGCAACGCCAGAAGGCAGAAAAGCUUCCUAGCAGGUCGAAAAAGCAAGAACGGAAAGGAGGGUUUUCUGAUAAUUACAAUUAACAAACACACGAAAACACUGCACUGAACGUAUUAGCAUGGAAGUGGAAAGUCCCGAACACAAUAGAGAAUUCGCUGAAGUGGACAUCAAUAAUGGUGCUGACUCUGCAUCCGAUGAGGAGGAAGAAGUACCAGCGCCCGGCAGCGUUACUUUGGAUAACGAAAAUGAUUUAUUUGUAUCAGCAAUGAGUCCCAGUAGCAUCGGGGACGUGCAUCCACUGCAAGAAGUGUUGACGGACGAUGGCGACUUCUACAUUAAAAUUGUUGUAUCUGACCCCCAGAAAAUUGGCGAUGGCAUGGGCUCAUAUUUGGCCUACAAAGUGACGACCAAAACCAACAUUCCCAAGUUUAAGCGAACAGACUUCAGCACUAUGCGGCGCUUCAGUGAUUUUCUUGGCAUACAUGAUCUGCUGGUCGGAAAGUACAUGCGGGUGGGACGGAUUAUACCCCCAGCCCCAUCGAAGAACAUAAUAGGCAGCACCAAGGUGAAGAUUAGUCCGCAGCAGAGCGAACCGGGCACUCCAAUGAACCAGGAAUGGGUGGAAAUUCGACGUGCAGCGCUGGAACGCUUUGUCCAUCGCACCGCCCAGCACCCUAUAUUGCGUGUGGAUUUGGAUUUCAUGAAUUUCCUGGAAAGCGAUCAGGAGCUGCCGCGUGCCGUCAACACCUCUGCGCUGAGUGGCGCCGGUGUGAUUCGCUUGUUUAACAAAGUGGGCGAAACUGUGAACAAAAUUACCUAUAAAAUGGAUGAGAAUGAUCCCUGGUUUGACGACAAGAUCACUGAGGUGGAGAAUCUGGAUGCGAACCUUCAGAAACUGCAUAAUGCCAUGAAGUCUUUGGUCACCUCACGGCGGGAACUUUCUGCACUGACGGGCUUGGUGGCCAAAUCCGCUGCAAUGCUUAGCACAUGCGAGGAACACACUGGACUGUCGCGAGCCCUGUCCAAUCUGGCGGAUGUGGAGGAGAAAAUGGAACUACUACGCUCUGAGCAGGCAAACUCGGACUUCUUUAUUCUCGCCGAGUUUAUCAAGGAUUACUUGGGCUUGUUUGGGGCCAUUAAGUGCAUUUUUCACGAGCGCGUCAAGUCUUUUCAGAACUGGCAAUAUGCACAAAUGCAGUUGUCCAAGCGACGGGAGAAUCGUGGCCGCUUCGAGCUGGCCAAUCGUGCGGAUAAGUUGGAUCAGGCCCAGUUAGAAGUGGAUGAGUGGCAGGGAAAGGUACAACGCUGUCAGCAGCACUUUGAUGACAUAUCGGCGGAAAUAAAGCGUGAAAUGGAGCGCUUCGAAUUGACCAGAGUGAAAGACUUUAAAGCAAAUAUUAUCAAAUAUAUAGAAGACCAAAUGGCACAUCAGCAACAGAUCGUCAGCUACUGGGAGGCCUUUGCCCCCUUUGCCCGUGAAAUCGUUUAACUUAGAUUCACAACCUUUUCUCAAUGCAUUUCCAAGAGCUGUCCAAGAGCCAACAGCUAAAGCGCGCUAAGAAUAUUUUGUUCAGCGGGACCAAAUUUUUUCUUGAUCUAAAGAUUUGGAGCUAUAUGUCGCCUUCAGCAUUAAUCUAGCAAUAGCAAUCUGCCGCGGCUGUUUGUAUAUUUCCAAGCAAAUGUUUUCAAUUCCUUUCAGAAAGUUAAACUUUAGCUACCGAUGCAUUCGCACCAACGUUAUCUCUUUAUUCUUUAUAUACACAGUAAUUAUGCUUUUAUAUUGUUAUAACAAAGCAAAAUGGUAAUUGCAGUUAUUAAGCUGCGUAUUCUCAUUAUUCACACAUAUUCGGUAUUAUUUAACAACAACAAAAACAAAAGGCAACGUGAAUCCAGAAAUUUGAUAAAAGUGAAGCAGAAGACUUUAUUGGCGAUUUCCAAAUUGAAAUGUAUACCAUUAUUAUUAGGAAAAUAUUUUUCCUUAAUUGUUGUUGGUAUAUUUAUGUAUUUAUAUAUAUAUAUAUUCCUAUUAAAACAUUUUGUAUCAUGACAAAGAGAGCAUUUCAAGCAA